AUGUCCCAUUCAGGUGCUGCUAGUUAUGACAAAACUGCUGGUAUCUUGACGAUUGACGAGGACUGCUCUCCAGCUGAACUGAAGUGGAGGUCUCCAGAUGGUACGAAAUCUCUUACAGUUGUCUUGAAUACCGUUGAUAGGCUUCAGGCUACGCCUGCUACUAGUGAUAAAAUGAGGCUGAGGCUACUCGGGAAAGUAGACGAGUCGAAGAAGCAGAAGGACAAUGAAGGCAACAUCGUCAGUCCGAAACCACGGAUUCAUACCUUCACGUUCAACAAUAGAACGGUUUUGGAUAACAUUAAGGUGACUUUGCAACAUAUUAUCUCUCGCUAUAAAGAUGAUGAAGUCUAUGAAGAAAAGAGACGAAAAGAAGAAGCGUCAGCUAACUCCAAGGCAAGCCCAUCAGUGACCCCACCGGCAGGUAAUCUGGUUAACACAGUAACGUUAGAUGACUCUUUGUCCAAGGCGAAGCUGAUAACGAAUUUGAAACUGCAACAGUCUUUGCUGCGAGAAGAUAAAUCGUUAAUGCGGAGCUUUCAAGAAACAGUUAUUAAUGCAGGUCUUCCGCCUUAUGAGUUUUGGUCCACGCGUGUGCCGAUGUUGAGAGCGUAUGCCUUGUCAAUUUCACAGAAGGUGGGCCCAUACAACGUACUUUCAACCAUCAAACCAGUGGCGUCUUCAGACAACAAAGUCAACGUCAACAUUUCACGAGAAAAGAUUUUGAGUAUCUUCCAGAACUACCCCAUUGUAAAGAAAGCAUAUAUGGACAAUGUGCCGAAGAACUUCAAGGAACCAGAGUUCUGGGCAAGAUUUUUCUCCUCAAAGUUAUUCCGGAAACUGAGAGGCGAGCGUAUUAUGCAGAACGAUCGAGGUGAUGUCAUUAUUGACAGAUACUUGACUUUAGAUCAAGAAUAUGAUCGAAAGGACGAUUCUGCCCUGCUGCAUGCUGUUAAAAAGACAAUUGACAUCGACGGCAAUAUACAGGACGAUCCUGUGCGAAAAGGUAACAAGCCAGAUUUUACCAUGCAACCAGGCGUUGAUGUUAAUGGUAAUAGCGACGGGACAACUGACAUUUUAAAAGGUAUGAAUAGACUGAGUGAGAAAAUGGUGAUGUCACUGGAAAACCAAUAUUCCCGGUCUAAUUUGCAACAGGAAGACUUGGAUCGCGAAGAAAGAGAUGAAAUUGAGUUAAAUGAUUUGCAAGAAAGCUAUCGUGAAGACUAUGCCGUUAUAAAUUUGAAAAAUCAGCGGGAAGAAGGUUCUUCGGAGGCCAAAGUGUUUAUCGAAAAAUCAAAAGAGAAGCAAAAACAUAUCGACAAGAAGAAGGUUAACGAGCAAAUUUCUUUGGUUUUGGAUAGUUUAUCAAAAAAAUUGGAUUUAACUCAAGUAGCCAAAAGUAGUGAUUACAACAGUGAGAUCAAUCAGCGGGUCAUAAGCGCCGUGAAGAUAAAUGCAAAGCAGGCAAGAUAUCAUAACGUCGAUUCUGCACUGGGGACUUUUGUAGGAAAUAGAACUGAUGAAUCGGAGGCAGCGUCCAAAUUGCCGCUAGAUUUAUUAGAAAGUUGCCGAAUGUUACAUGGUACUUGCUGCGAGUUUUUGAAGCAUUUUUACAUCCACUUCUACAGUACCGAAGCCAAGAGACAAAAGAUGGCUAAGAAACUCUCCAAGAGUCUAAAAGACUGUUCUGAAAAGAUAACCGAACUACUUGAUGACGUGGAGAAAGGUGACGGCGAAAACAUGUCAAGCAUAUGCCGGUCGUACCUGCGGCCAGUGAUGGUAUCUAUUGAUCGAGCAAUAGAGAAGUUUAAUGAUUUUACAAAUGAGAAGCCUUGA